AUGGCUCCUAAAGCACCUAAAGAUCUUAAUGCAGCUAAAGUAGGCAAAGCACCUAAAGCACCUAGACAACCUAUAAUACCCCCAGGUCCUUAUGUCCCUGCUCCUCCACCUACAAGACCAGGGCAAAGAUUUUUUGAGUUUGGAGAUUGGUUUAACUCUAAGGGUUACUGGAAGGGGAACCAUGAUUUGAAGAAAUUAAUUGCAACUUUCUUGACUCCUACACAACGGGAUAAGCUUAAUAAUGGUACAUUUCGAUACAUUAUGGCUAUGGAGAAUUUCCAAUGCAGCAUGAAGUUGGUUCAUUGUCUGUGUCUUUCUCGAAUAUUCACCAAUGAUCGAGACUCCAUUAGUUUCAAGAUUUUUGGUCAUGAUGUUUCCUUCACCCUUGAAGACUUUCACAUUAUGUGUGGUUUGCGGAUCACAUCACAUAAUGUUGAAAAACCAAUUAAUCGAGAGAGCAAUAUUUUGAAACGGUACUUUGGUAAGUCCAAGGGUGUGACUUUGAAGGAUAUUCGAAGUUUUAUGACUCGCAAUGAAAUUCCAACGAAUGCUAUGAAUCACGUACACGUAUGCGAGAGUGAUGAUGAUGCUGUUAAGCUUAUGGAAAUUCUUGUUGUAGAGUCAAUUUUGUUUGGGAAAAAUACCGAGUCAUCUGUGAUGGAGGAGUAUGCAUCUAUUGUUGAAGAUGAUAAGGUUUGUGCUGAAUAUCCUUGGGGUAAUGUGGCUUAUGAGAAGCUCAUUUAUUCACUGAAACAUGCAUUGGACAAGCAGAACAAAUUACAUACAACUGAGUAUAAAGUUGGUGGAUUUCCAUAUCCGUUAUGUGCUUGGUUCUAUGAGCGCUUCCCAGAUGUUCGGGCGAAGUAUAUAAGAGAGGAUGAGUACCUUGAUACCCCUCAGGUUCCCAGGAUGUUACGUUAUGUAUGUGUGGGAGAGCCUAAAUUUCCCGAACUUUUUCAUAUGUUCAGUACUCAUGAAGGAUAUCGCAACUUUAGGGUAGUUAAUGCGGCUCCUUCAACUGGUGAAUCACCACGUAAUCUGAGUCGAUCAAAAGAAGCCAAUCGAGGUCCUGUUAUUCGUGAAUCACCACAGGUUAACGACGGAGGUUCAAAGGCUGAAAGAAGCACGAUCGUGAACGAAGUUUUCGAUAAGUUUAAAAAGGAUGAGCGAUCUGCCAUUGUUGAUGCGGUUUUUGUAAAAGUGAAGGAAUAUUUCGAUGAGAAGUUUGAACAGUUGUUUAAGAUUGUCAACAAAUCAAAUGAAAUGGACGAUGGCAAUUUUGAUUUGAGUAACCAUCGAGAAUAUGAUAGGGUGAACGACUGUUACGAACAUCCAUUAGAUAUUAAUGCUGUUGAUGAUGCAUCAGAUAAAGUCGCAGAUGUAAAUACUACACAUGAGGAAGCGGCUUUUGUAGGCGAUCAACAUGUUCACGAACAAGUUGAAGAGGAACGUUCCAGUGCUGAUAGAUUAAGCAGAGAUGGAAAUGAUGAAGAACAGUUAGCAACUGAGAAUGUUGGAAGCAAGCAAUGUGCAGAUAAUCAAGUUGAAGAAGAUGCUGCUCGUGAUCCAUCGCGUAAAGUCGCAGAUGAUAAUGCUACACGUAAGGAAGCGGCUGGUGAAUGCGAUGAACAUGUUCAACAACAAGGUGCAGAUGAUCAAGUUGUUGGUACUGAAAAACAUGCACCGAGUUGUUCUUUGGAAAGCAAUAUUGGACAGGGAAAUUUGUUUGAUACGCAGGAAAUUGUUACUACAGGUAGAGUUGAGAAAAACCUUCCACAGAAUACUCCAAUGCUCCUCGACGUCGGUGCACAAUUGAAUGAAGCUGGAAAUGCUGAUAUCGAGAAAGGCAUGCAGCCUGGGGAAACCACAGCGGAAGACAAACGUCAAGAAAGACUUGAGGCAGCUCAAAAAGAAUUUGGUGAGCUUAUGCAACAAUAUCAAAAAGGAAAAAUACAUUUAUUCACAACUGUUGGCUCACAGACAGAUACAGGCAUAUCUGAAGGUAAAGGAAAUGGAUCUGUUAGAAUGCAAACACCAUCUGUGUCUCAACACUUAGACCGGAUCUCAUAUGAUGCAUCGCAACUUCUUCCAAAUCCUAAGAGAAGGAAGAUUUCCAGUUCUCCUAUGUGUGACACCAGUGAUAUCCCCAACUUCAAUUUAUGUUCAGUUUCACUUGGUAGUACACAAGGGACUGAUUCAGAAGGUAAUUCUGCUGUUGUUGUUGUUCGUGAAGAGAUACAAGAACAUCGUGAACAGCAUUGA